CGUCUAACUAUCACGUCUACAGAGUGCAGCUGUUUUUUUCAUAAUAAAGUACAAAUUGUGGUUUAACAAAUUGUGUGGUAUUUGUUUUACAAACAAAACAAUUAAGAAAUUUACUUUUAAAUAACAAUUAAUAACUCUGUGCCUUUAGUGAAUUCUUUGAUCUCUUAGUAUUAAUUAAAUUGUGUAAACUAGGUGUAAAUGUCGCAAGGGGGAAAUAUGCCUACAAUUGGGGGUAUGACUCCAGGAACUAUACAAUAUGUGAAUAAUCCACUUCAAAGUCCACAAUUACAAACAUCGUCAAUGCAGGGCUCUCCAUCGCAGCAUAGUCCAAUGGGCCAAACACAAGUAUCUGCAAAAACCAAUCAAGGAUCUGGUGAUCAAACAACACAGCUCUUAAGCAGACCCAGAUUACAAGAAUUAGUAAGAGAAGUGGACCCAACUGUACAACUAGAUGAAGAGGUGGAGGAGAUGUUGCUGCAGUUAGCUGAUGACUUUAUUGACACUACACUAAAUGCUGCAUGUUCACUUGCUAAACAUAGACAUGCUCCAACAGUGGAGCUAAAAGAUGUUCAGUUACAUUUAGAGAGACAAUGGAAUAUGUGGAUACCCGGCUUUGGCAAUGAUGAGCUGAGACCCUACAAGAGGGCACCAGUAACAGAAGCACAUAAACAGAGAAUGGCCCUUAUUAGAAAAACAAUUAAGAAAUACUAGAUAAUUAGGUUUUAUACUUUAGAUAAUAAAUUACUACAUAUUAAUUCCAA